AUGCAUCCCGCCAGUAUGAGCCGUGCCCAGCGAGAGCAAGUCAGAAGGAUUGUCACACCGAAACCAACUACAGGUCGUUUGGAGGUACCACAAGACAUCACCAGCAUGUGGAACACUGCCAAAGGCAAAGAGAAAUUGUUCUCUCUGUGGUGCAAGUCAGGUGGUGCAGUUUUCAUCGAACGAGUGGAGAUUCUGAGCAUCACCACCAAGACGAAGACCUUGGAAGUGAAAGGGGGAUUCUACUCUGUUGAUGACAUGAAAGAUGAGCUGAACUACAACCAGAAAUGUGAGUAUGAUGAUGACACCUACGAGUACUGGGUUAAUACACGCACUGAGGGGUCUUUGAAACGGGAGGAUGUUGAACGUCUGACCAGAAAGCGUGAGCAUGAACAGGAAGUUGAAGCUGGCAAGGAUCUAUUUCCCACUAUGGACUUCAGUUCUGCAGGCUUCCAGGAUGACUUGGGGACUGCAGGAGCAUUGGAACAGGAGGGUGAUGUGCACAAGAGUGUGGCAUGCACGCAUGCAAGUUAA